AUGAUCAAAAAUCAAAGCUGGAUUUUAGAAGAUAUUCACUUCUGUUACACAUCAACUGAAAACGCAUGUCCUAAACAGAUCUAUUCAUUUGCUGCCCGUGUUCUUAUGUAUAUAGCAUUGUGCUUAUUAAUCACUUUGACUGUUUGUGGCAAUUUAUUGGUGAUCAUCAUCAUUUCUCAUUUCAGGCAGCUUCACACUCCAACAAACUAUCUCAUUCUUUCUUUGGCAGGUGCUGACUUUCUCCUAGGCGGAUUUGUAAUGCCACCCAGCAUGAUCAGAUCAGUUGAAACAUGUUGGUAUUUUGGUCAUUUUUUCUGCAAGUUUCAUACAAGUACUGACAUUAUGCUGUCCUUAUGCUCCAUUUUGCAUCUUGCUUUCAUUUCCAUGGAUCGCUUUUAUGCGAUUUGUUUCCCUCUAACAUACAAUGCCAAGAUUACAGUGGACUUUAUUGUUAAAGUGAUCAUUAUCAUCUGGUGUUCUUCAGCAGUGUAUGGAUUUAUGAUGGUAUUCCAAUUAUUACUUAUAAGAAAUACUGAUUUUUCUUAUGAUCAGAGUUUAUUUUGUGUUGGAAGUUGCUUGGUGAUGCAUACCCAAACAACAAUCUUGAUUUCAUUCUUAGUUGGUUUUGUUUUUCCGGCACUUGUUAUACUAGCCAUUUACCUGAAGAUAUUCAUGGUAGCACAGAAACAAAUUAAGACUAUCAAAGAAACAACAGACAAAACAGAAUCAUCAAGGAAAAGAGAAAGAAGAUCUGCAAAAACACUGGCAACAGUUAUAGGUGUGUAUAUUACGUGCUGGAUGCCAUUCUUUUUGUGUAGCACUCUUUAUCCUUUUGUAAAUAACUCGAUCCCUGCUUUAUUAAUAGACAUUUUAAUUUGGUUUGCAUAUAUGAACUCAACUUGUAACCCUUUCAUUUAUGCUUUUUUUUAUAACUGGUUCAGAAAAGCAGUUCGAAUCAUACUAUUUGGAAAUAUUUUUAAUGGGCACUCUUCGCUAACCAAACUUUAUGCUGACUAA